AGCUUGGCCCCUCCCCUAGUAGAUUAGUCCCCGCCUCUGGUAGUCAAACCGUCCCUAACCUAGGAUUCCCUGAGCUGGGACUAGCGAAAUCUGUCUGCACUGAUCGCAGUCGUCCUCAGUUUUACCCUCUGGGAAUCGGCCUGGAGGUGCACGUGCUGCUCUCUUCCACCAGGCCCGUUCCUGGCGCGUGGCGCGAUCCGUGUCCAUGUCCGCGGCUGUCAAUAAAGUUGCUCACUUGUUGCCGGCCCGCUACCCCGAGAGGUUGCGCGCGCCGCCCGAGAAGUCUCGCGAUAGCCAGCUGCGUCUGCCCUUGCUCUUGCCGAGCCGGCGGGGUCUGAGGUGUGGGAUCAGGGUAGCAGGCUAUGGCGCCGAAGGUUUUUCAUCAGUACUGGGAUAUCCCCGAUGGCACCGAUUGCCACCGCAAAGCCUACGUCACCACCAGUAUUGCCAGCGUCGCUGGCCUGACCGCCGCUGCCUACAGAGUCAUACUCAAUCCUCCGGGCACCUUCCUUGAAGGAGUGGCUAAGGUCGGACAAUACACGUUCACUGCAGCUGCUGUCGGGGCCGUGUUUGGCCUCACCUCCUGCAUCAGCGCCCAGGUCCGCGAGAAGCCCGACGACCCCCUGAACUAUUUCCUCGGUGGCUGCGCCGGAGGCCUGACUCUGGGGGCACGCACGCACAGCUACGGGAUCGGCGCCAGCGCCUGCGUGUACUUGGGCAUAGCGGCCUCCCUGGUCAAGAUGGGCCGGCUGGAGGGCUGGGAAAUGUUUGCAAAACCCAAGGUGUGAGCCCUGUGCCAGCCGGGACCUCCAGCCCGCAGAAUGCGUCCAAAAAUAAAUUCUGUGUCUAUGUGUG